ACACGCGUGGUCCAGCAGCAGGUUGCGGUUGGUUCAGGUCGGGACAGCGGCGCGCUCACGCACAUCGCUCAUGCUGACAUCAAACUUUUGCACAAAAAGAAAAAAGGUUGCUCGUCUCGAAAAAAAACUACACAAAAACUGCCUGAAAAUGUCCCAAAACUCUUGGGCAGCUGCAGUGGAUGUUCAGGAGGCUACAUCCUCACAGCUUGACUUUUCCAAAAAAGUCAGUGGAGUUCGUGGUCCACGCAACAUGAUAGGAGACAUAAACGGGAAUAUCAUGCCCGUGAAGGCCGGAAAUGGAGGCUGGGGAGAGGAGCGAGUCAACCUGGCCGAGCAGUCUCUGCUGAACAAACUAAUCCGCCGCUCACUGGUGAGGAACAGAAACCAGGUGGAGGUCCUGCAGGCGGACCCCAACUCUCCACUGUACUCGGUGAAGACCUUUGAGGAGCUGAGACUGAAGCCUGAGUUGCUGAAGGGGGUGUACAAUAUGGGCUUUAACAGACCAUCAAGGAUCCAGGAAAACGCUUUGCCUAUGAUGUUGGCACAGCCACCUCAGAAUCUGAUUGCACAGUCGCAGUCUGGCACAGGUAAAACUGCUGCAUUUUCUCUGGCCAUGCUCAGCCAUGUAAACCCUGACAAUAAGUGGACUCAGUGCCUUUGCAUCGCACCGACGUACGAGCUCGCAUUGCAGACUGGUCAAGUCAUUGAGCAAAUGGGGAAAUUUUGUCCAGAUGUGAAGCUGGCAUAUGCCAUUCGGGGAAAUAGAAUGGAGCGAGGAGCCAAGUUGCAACAGCAGAUUGUCAUUGGUACACCGGGCACAGUCCACGACUGGUGUACCAAGUACAAGCUCAUUGACCCCAAAAAGAUCACUAUGUUUGUGCUGGAUGAGGCUGAUGUGAUGAUCGCCACCCAGGGCCACCGGGACCAGAGCAUUCGAAUCCACAGACAGCUGCCGAUGAACUGUCAGAUGCUCUUUUUCUCUGCAACAUUUGAGGACUCUGUGUGGAGGUUUGCAGAGCAAAUUGUUCCUGAACCUAAUAUAAUCCGGCUAAAGCGUGAGGAGGAGACUCUGGAUACCAUCAAACAGUUCUAUGUUAACUGCAAAGAGAAGGAGGACAAGUUCACGGCACUGUGCAAUCUAUACGGGGCCCUUACCAUUGCACAGGCCAUGAUCUUUUGCAAGACCCGAAAGAUGGCUGCCUGGCUGGCAGAAAGUCUGACCAAAGAGGGCCAUCAGGUGGCAUUGCUAAGUGGUGAAAUGACAGUGGAGCAGCGAGCUGCUGUCAUUGAACGCUUCAGGAGCGGCAAAGAGAAAGUGCUUGUGACCACGAAUGUGUGCUCAAGAGGUAUUGAUGUGGAACAGGUGUCUUUGGUGGUGAACUUCGAACUCCCAGUUGAUCUGGACGGGAAUGCUGACAAUGACACAUACCUUCACCGCAUUGGCCGUACCGGCCGUUUUGGCCGUCGUGGAUUUGCCGUUAAUAUGGUGGACAGCCAGCACAGCAUGGAUAUUAUAAAACAGAUUGAGAUGCAUUUCAACAGGAAAAUCAUCAAACUUGACACCUCCAAUCUGGAGGAAAUGGAGAACCUGAUAAGCUGAAGUUGCAACAACCAGACAUGUUGCCUAAAAUGUUAAUGACCCCCCCUU